AUGGCUGCGCUACUGCUCUGCGCCUCGCAGUCCUCUGCGUCCGUCGACUACGGUGACGCGGUCGCAGCCUCUUUCGGGGACGGCUCCGCCGCCGACGACCUCUGGUUCGGCCUCGCGACCGCACCGGCACACGCAGAGAACCAGCUCAACGAUACCUGGCUGGAGUUUGCAAGCCGCGGCGGUGUGCACGCCUGGAGGAACACGCCGCGGGCGGCGGAGCGGCUGCACUUCUGGACGGACCCGGAGGUCGACAUCAAGCUCGCCGCCGACACCGGCGUCAGCGUCUACCGGCUGGGCGUGGACUGGGGCCGGCUCGUGCCGGACUGCAGCCUCGAUCGGGAGACGCCGUGCGGCGUGCAGCAGUGGGAGGUCCUGGACCGGUACAUCGAGAUCAUCAAGAGC